ACGAGUAAGAGGCCCAACAAGAAUGUUAGAUGUUUGGGAUAUGCAAGUUGGUGAUUUUAUAAUAGUUAAUUUAGACAAAUAUGGUCGACCCGUUGGUGAAGAAGCAACAACUCUUACUCGUUUCAUAGGUAGUGUCGUUAGAAGACCUCAUUUUGCUCCCAUCAACUACAUUUCUUGGAAAAAGAUGCCAAAGGAGAACAUAGAUGACAUGUUGGAAGCAAUAGAGAGUAAAUUUGAGUUUGUUCCUCCAAUAAAUGACACAAUAAGAGAAAUGUUGAAAGCGGAGUUGAAUGAAAAGUGGAGGCAAUGGAAGAGUGAUAUAAAGUCACUAGCAUAUAAUCCUUCUAAAACAGAAGAAGAAAUUGCAUCCAAAUUGCCUGAUGAUAGAGUUGAACCAAGUCAAUAUCGUGAUUUAGUUCAUCAUUGGUUUUCAGAAUCAGGACAAAAAACAAGUGAGAUUAACCGAAGAAAUCGUGCCAAGUUUGAAGAUGUUCAUUGUAUGGGAACAAAAAGUCUUCCAAGAUUGAUUGACGAAAAGGAAGAACUAAAGAAACAUGAUGAGGCUGAAACAUCUCAAUCAACUCAAAACACACAAAGGCAUACAUCUUGGAAGGAAGACAUAUUCUCUAAAGUGCAAGGUCUUGAUAAAAGGGGGCGUAUCCGCUGCAUGGGCAAGAUUCCAAAAUGUAAAAAAACAAAGGCUUCCUCAUCCGAAAAUGAAGAGCUACGUGAUCGAAUGAAGCAUAUGGAAAACUUGUUGGUAAAUGUGUUGACACUAAUUCAAAAUCGACUUCCUGGAGAAGAUCUUAAUGAGCUUGUGGAUGCUGCAAGACGGGUUUCAGAUGCUUCGAGUGCCCCGAACCAUUUGAAUUCUCCAAGUUCAAACGCUAAUGAAGAUGAUGAAUAUGAUGAAGAUGGUGAAGAUUAAGAGGCUACUUUGUUCUUGGAGAUUGAAUAUGCAUGAGUUUGCAACAUUUUUAUAUACAUUGUUUUGAUUUUAUGUUGUUUUUGUGAAUCAUGGUUAAAUUAGGAUUAUAUGCUAUGAAUUAUUUGAAUUGGGAAGCUACUUCAUAUGCAUACUUUAUGCUAGCUAGUAUGGUACUUUCUGGUGGUCAUUUUAAUGUCACUUCAUGUGCUCUUCACUUU